AUGAACAGAUCUUCUUCUUCUUCUUCUUUGGCGGCGGCUGCGGCGAGAACGAGAACGAGAACGAUGGUAUCCGAAGCCCCUCUGUUGGAACUUCCAAAAAGAAUAAAAAGGAGAAAAGGGAAAGAGAUUUGGCAAAGAUCAUCCGCGGUGGUGUGCAUCUUGCGAAGGCCCGGGUGA